CUUCCGGCAGCAUUCAAGUCCACCCAGGAUGAUCUACUAUGACACGUCGCACUUGUGGGGAGUGUUGAUGCGUUGGCAUGGAUCUGCGUUGAAUGGACAAGCCCCGAUGCGUGCAUUCAUCAUGGCUAUGAUCGCGUUGAUCGUUGCUGUUGUGAACCGCUAUCACCCCUUUGUGGUCCCAACCCGAGAUUCGACGGCGUUUACCGACUCGCUCACAGUCUUCAACACGUUUCUCGGCCUGAUCGUAUCGUUCCGCAUGAACUCGGCGUUCACACAAUGGCGGGCCGGUGUGGUUGCUGUGGGCUCACUCUCGGAGGCAGCACGUGACAUCGUAGGCUCAGGCUGUGCGUACGUGAGCACAACGAUCAAGAACGAGCUUACCGAAGCUACUAACAAAGCAGAGCCCGAGCAUGAAGGUAGCACCAAAAACGACAACUUCAAGGCAUCAAACAUUCCUCAGGAUGUCCUCGAGAAGUGUACGUUUUUCACAGAGCUACGUCGUCUAGUGUUUCUGUAUAUUGCCAUCGUAUUCCACGACUGUCGCGGCCUGGACGGGAUCGACAAACUAAAGGAGGCAGGAGUGCUCACGGACGCCGAGUAUGACGAGCUUUAUGCAUGCGGAUCGGAACACAAGAUGCAGGUCGAGGACAAGGAGUCCUACAGAGCGAUUGUUCGCCGUACUCCUCACAAGCUGCGUGCUACAAUUACAGAGCUCUGGCUCAAGCGACUUGUACAGGUUGCUACGAAUCGAGGACACCUCACUUUGCCGAACGCUAACGCUCUCCAGCUCAAGCUUGCAAGAUUGCCCAAUCUGUACACAACCGUGUUCAACAUUGCCAACGUCCCGAUCCCUUUCAACUAUAUGCAGUAUUUACAGUUCCUGCUCACAGCGUACAUGCUACUCUACACGUUCGUCAUUGUACCAAGGUCUGGAUUGUACACUCCUUUAUGGGUAUUCAUGUGGGGAACAUUCCUAUUCAUGGCGGACGAAGUUGCCAUGGAGAUCGAGUGCCCGUUUGGCCUUGACGCGAAUGAUAUCGACUUGGAGGCGAGACUUCUGCAGAUUGAGGAAGAACUGACAGUGUUGAUUCGUAGUCAAUACUACUUCGUGUCGGGAGGUACAAGUCUUACACGCAUUCCAGAGAUCUCCGUUCCUGAAAAUUCGGAAUCUCAGGACAAGCCCCUGCCGAUGUCUGUGCCUCUCCAAAGUGAUUUCUCGUUUCACCAAGGCCGCAUAUCACCCUCGCACGGUGCCAUGCUUCAGCAGAGAUCGCUGCCCGAGAUUAACGAGUUCACAAAACUUAUCGAGGAUCCAAGCGGGACUAGCAGCAACAAUAGCAAUAGCUACGGGUCGGAUUCUGCAGCUUAGGACCUAUGCUCACCAAGUCGAAGUCGUGAAUUGUUUUCAAUUCAAGUACAUGUUGAUGCAAUUCCCUAAUUCCUCGUUGAGCUGCAGCUUUGCUAAAACAAAAGCAAAAAAAGGAGAAAACACACACACAAAAUAAAAGCAAUUACUUUGGAA